AUGCCGUGCUGCACGGGCGUCCUGCAGCACCUGUUGUGCCGGCACCACUCAGAGUACAAGAUCGGCUGCACGGCGGCGGGGUGCCGCGGGCGGCGGCGGUGCUUGCUGGUGUCGCAGCAGCGCAGGCUCGUCGUGGCGCGGUACCGGUGGGCGUGCGAGAAGUGCGUCGCCAAGGCGUUCCGGAAGGCGGACGGGGAGCGGGCGCGCGGCUGGGACGACAAGGUGCGGCGGAUCAACCAGGACGAGACGCUGAGCAAGGAGAUGAAGAGGUUCAUGACGCAGGCCGCUCGGGCGCAGGAGCAGUACGAGGACGUCAAGACGCUUGAUGUACAUAUGCAGCAGCUAGACGAGGUCCAAAAGGUCGGGGAGUGGGCGUAUGAAUACGGCCUGGCGGUGUUUGAGGCGCUGUACCCGCUGCUCCCCUGGGGCGGCGGUUCGGGCGGCGGUUCGGGCGGCGACGAUGAUGCGGACAAGAGCUCGGCGGGGGAUGAUGACGCGGACUCGGACGUCGACGCGGAUGAUGACGUCGACGACGCCGCCGCCGCCGCCGCCCACUCGGGCGAGGGGCCCAUGGAUGUCGCCGACUCGGACGAGACCAUGGACGUCGACUCGGACGAGAGCCGGGCGGGCCGCGGCGCAGCGAGGGAGGCUCAACUGCAGCCGCCACGGGCCCCAGGCGCCGCGAGAGCCAUCCGGCGACUGGAGCCGGGACCGGUUUCCGAAGACGACCGCGAGCUCCUCUGCGACCUGGUCAGGACGAAGCCGCGCGACGUGGAGAUAGCCCGGGACGCCACUGGCACGGCAGCCAUGGAGGCCAGCCGCGCACAGCAGCAGCAGCAGCAGCAGCGGCGACGGCACCCGUCUCCGAGGGCGAUGCUCCCCCCAGGCACGCUGUACGUCGACGCAGAGCGGAGGCGUCCGGUGGACACGAGGCAGCUUCUGCGGAGGAUGGAUCUUUUCCUCGCACGCUAG